GUACUUUGUUACCCUUGUUUUUCUUUUUACAUUAUAUUGUCACGUAUAAUAGUGCAAAAUGUCUGAGAUGGAGCUGCAGCAUAUGGAAACGUCAGAAAACGGUCACGAAGUCGACGAUGAUUUUAAUGGAGCCGACCUCAUCGAGGAGGGAAACGACGACAGCGCGGUGAAUGACUGCGGAGAGGGCGCUGGGCCUGACGAGGACGGAAAUUCGCCAGACGGGGGCACGGAGGGCGGCCAGAUCGACGCCAGCAAAGGCGAGGAGGAUGCGGGGAAAAUGUUUGUUGGUGGUCUCAGCUGGGACACCAGCAAGAAGGAUCUUAAGGAUUACUUCUCUAAAUUUGGUGAGGUGACAGACUGCACUAUAAAGAUGGACCAGCAGACAGGCCGGUCAAGAGGCUUCGGCUUCAUUCUUUUUAAAGAUGCAGCCAGUGUAGACAAGGUUCUCGAACAGAAGGAGCACAGGCUAGAUGGCCGACAGAUUGACCCUAAGAAGGCCAUGGCCAUGAAGAAGGAUCCAGUCAAGAAAAUCUUUGUGGGAGGCCUUAACCCCGACACUUCAAAGGAAGUGAUUCAAGAGUAUUUUGGGACAUUUGGAGAGAUUGAGACCAUUGAGCUUCCACAAGAUCCAAAGACAGAAAAGAGGAGGGGAUUCGUAUUCAUCACAUAUAAAGACGAGGCUCCCGUCAAGAAAGUUAUGGAGAAAAAAUACCAUAAUGUCGGCGGAAGCAAGUGUGAAAUUAAAAUAGCCCAACCCAAAGAGGUCUACCAGCAGCAGCAGUAUGGUGCGCGUGGAUACGGAGGACGUGGUAGAGGCCGUGGAGGCCAGGGCCAGAACUGGAAUCAAGGCUAUAACAACUACUGGAACCAAGGAUACAACCCGAACUAUGGCUACGGACAGCAAGGCUACGGAUAUGGUGGAUAUGGCAACUAUGACUACUCUGCUGGUUAUUACGGCUAUGGGGGUGGCUACGAUUACAACCAGGGCAAUACAAGCUAUGGGAAAACCCCAAGACUCCGUGGAGGCCACCAGAGUAGCUACAAGCCAUACUGAUCACACAUAGUGCAGGUAUAAAGUAAGUAAGAAAAAGAGAUCCAUGGUCUGACCACAGCGAACAUGGGCUCUGGCUUUUCGAUUGGAGUUGGCAGAAAUUUGGACUCAUGCUCCAUUUGUACAGAUCAAGUGAGGAACUGGGGAAGCAAAUGUCACUUUUCCACUUUUAUUUUAUAUUGUUUUGUGUCAUUUACAUUUCCACUGAUGGAAGUGUUAUUUUUGCUGUACUUUUUGGUACCUUUUUGAAUCUAAUGUAUUGUAUGGUUGUAUUUUUACGUCUACUGGGUUUACAGACAGGCAGAAAAGAGCUUUUAAAGCUCACAAAUAAAAACGAGUUGUUUUGUUUUGUUUUUUAAGCUGUUUCAAGAUCUUAUUUUCUGCCAUGCUGAGUGUUGGAUGCAAGCUGCAUGGCUUCAGAUGUGGGGUGAGGUAAAAUAAUUGAUUUCAACUAAUCAGAGUUCAUUGUGUGUCAAGAGAAUGUUUGCCGAUGGCCUAGUAGACAACCAGCUUUUUUUUUUUUUUCUUUUAAGAUCCUUAGAUCCUUCCCCAAUCAUGUCUGCAAUUUUAAGUGGCUUUACUAGUGUUAUUCAACUGAAUGCAAGCCUGUUAAUGUAAGAGGUUACUCCUCUCUCACUGGAAACUCAUUCUUCUAGUGUCUUGGGCAAA